ACACUGCUUCUUAAGCUUUGUGACGCGCCGCGCAGCUCUGUUCAGCGGGUCGCCACCUUUACCGAAGGGUCUCCUGUUUGCAAGUUACUGGACCCUCCGAAGGUUGUCCCUGGAUCUCCAGUGAAAAAAAUCAAUUCUAACCUGAACUGUGGGAGGAAAGAAUAGUUGGCCUGUGAUUUUUUGUUUCAAGGACACAAUGUUUUCCAAACUAGCACAUUUGCAGACCCUUGCUGUGCUUCGUCGUGGAGUUCAUUCUUCAGUGACUUGUGCCACAUCUGUUGCAACUAAGAAGACAGUCCAAGGCCCUCCAUCCUCUGAUUACAUUUUUGAACGGGAAGCUAAAUAUGGUGCACACAAUUACCAUCCUUUACCUGUGGCUUUAGAGAGAGGAAAAGGCAUUUAUGUGUGGGAUGUAGAAGGCAGAAAAUAUUUUGACUUCCUAAGUGCUUACAGUGCUGUUAGCCAAGGGCACUGUCACCCCAAGAUUGUGAAUGCUCUGAAGACUCAGGUGGACAAGUUGACCUUAACGUCUCGGGCUUUCUAUAAUGAUGUCCUGGGUGAAUACGAGGAGUACAUUACUAAACUUUUCAAGUACCACAAAGUUCUUCCUAUGAACACAGGAGUGGAGGCUGGAGAGACUGGCUGUAAACUUGCUCGUCGGUGGGGCUAUACUGUGAAGGGCAUUCCAAAAUACAAAGCCAAGAUUAUUUUCGCAGCGUGCUCUUCAGGAUCCAAAUGUUGCCGCCUUCAUGGUAGAACCAAUUCAGGGUGAAGCGGGUGUGGUUGUUCCAGAUCCAGGGUACCUAGUAGGAGUUCGAGAACUCUGUACAAAGCAUAAGGUCCUGUUUAUUGCUGAUGAAAUACAGACUGGAUUGGCCAGAACUGGUAAAUGGUUGGCCGUUGAUCAUGAAAAUGUUAGACCUGACAUAGUUCUUCUUGGAAAGGCCCUUUCUGGAGGCUUAUACCCUGUGUCCGCGGUGCUUUGUGAUGAUGACAUAAUGCUGACCAUUAAACCAGGGGAACAUGGGUCAACAUAUGGUGGCAACCCACUGAGCUGUCGCGUGUCUAUGGCAGCCCUUGAGGUUUUGGAAGAAGAAAACCUUGCUGCAAAUGCAGAGAAAAUGGGUACUAUCUUGAGAAAUGAACUCAUGAAGCUGCCCUCUGACGUUGUAACUGCUGUAAGAGGAAAAGGAUUGUUAAAUGCUAUUGUUAUUAGAGAAACCAGAGAUUAUAAUGCCUGGAAGGUGUGUCUGCGGCUUCGAGAUAAUGGGCUUCUGGCUAAGCCCACCCAUGGCCAUAUCAUCAGGUUGGCACCUCCACUUGUAAUCAAGGAGGAUGAGAUCCAGGAGGCUGUGGAAAUCAUUAACAAGACCAUCCUGUCUUUCUGAGGGUAGGAGCAGAUCACUGGUCCCCGGUAGCUGGCUGGACAGAGGUGUCCUGUGAAAGCACUGUUCUGAAACUGGGCACAUUCCACCCCCACAUGUCUUCAAAGGCUUUUAAAAAAUAUACAUAUAUUUUUUCAGUUGAUGGAUAAUAGAGUGACAUUUAUGAAUGUGUAGUUGGCUGUGUAACAUAACUAAGAAUGGAUGGGAUCUAUAUUCGGUUAAAUUUGUGACUGUGUAUGUAUUUUAUAAGGUGAAACACUUCUGUCUAUAUAUAAACAGCCUUCAAGGCCAGGGCUUUAGCUCAGUGGCUCCACUGCCUGGCUUGCAAGCGCAAGGUCUCCAGUUUGAUCCCUGGUACCAAAAAUACCCACCCCCUCACCAGCCUUCAAAUCAAGUCCUUCAGUAUAACUGAAGUACUUUUUCUUUUAUAAUUUCUUUGCUGGUAUAAAUGUUUUGUAUUUGAAAAAGUUAUCCGAGAUAUUAUGUAAAAGACUUGCUUAACCUUACAUAUUGAAUCAUUGUAAUCAUUGAGUAAUCAUAUAAGCAUAUAAAAAAGUAGUGGUAAGUAAACUUUAUUUUGGCCAACAUUAGAAUGUAUUCUAUGGAUGUCAUUAUUUUGAAUUUAAAAUGUUUUCCUAAAUUGUUUUAAGUGCUUGAUUAUAAUUUGUAAAGCAAAAUGUU